AUGUCCGCGUCGUCAUUCGCUCCUGAUUUUAUCCAAACAUGGCCAUCAGCUAUCCUGAUCCUAUGUGGUGUUUCACUUUCCUACUUAAUCUACAGCAUUGUGUAUAAUCGAUACUUUCAUCCCCUGGCGAAAUAUCCAGGACCUUGGUUAUGGACGAUAUCGCGAGCUCCAUUUGCCAUCUCUCUAGCUAGAGGAGAUCUCGUACAUGACACGCACAGAUACCACCAGAAAUACGGACCGAUCGUGCGCCUAGCCCCCAACGAGCUCUCGUUCAUCAAAGCAGCAGCGUGGAAGGAUAUCUACAGCCACCGGGUUGGUGUACCAGAGUUCACGAAGAAUCCGAUAUGGACGGAGAAGACACCCAACGGAGUCUUCUCGGUCAUCAACGCAGACUUGGAUGAUCACACAAGGCAACGGAAGAUACUGAAUCAUGCUUUUUCUCCUACAGCACUGCUAGCCCAGGAAGAUCUCAUCCAAAGAUAUGUUACCCUACUGAUCGAUAAGAUCAGAACUCAAGAUGUGACGAACAUUACAGACUGGAUAACAUACUGCACAUUCGAUAUUGUGGGAGAUCUCAUGUUUGGGAAGCCUUUUGGGUGUAUCGAAGAGGAGAAGUACCAUUACUGGGUAUCCUACUUGUUCAGCAAUCUGAAAGCUGCUUGCAUUAUGUCUGCAGUUAAGUUCUACCCAUCCUUGUUCUGGCUACUCAUCAAGAUGGUUCCAAAGCGCGCCUUUAAAGAGCGUGAUGCCCAUUUCGAUCUCUCGGUGCAAUGGGUCCGCGAGCGAGUGGCUACCAGAACCGAAAGACCAGAUUUCCUCAAAUACAUUUUGGACAGCAACGAAAAGGCAGCACAGCCUAUGUCAAUGCCUGAAAUCGAAGCGUCGUCCACAGUACUUGUACUUGCGGGUUCGGAGACUACAGCUACUCAGCUCCUGGGAACAUUCACGCACCUUCUUCAGCAUCCAAGUAAAUUAGCUAAGUUGAGCGGCGAAAUUAGAUCACGAUUUCGCACGGAGAAAGAGAUUACGCUGAAAGCCGUCGAUGAACUGGAAUACAUGAGAGCUGUGCUUACGGAGAACUCGCGGAUGGCGCCUUCGGUGCCUGGACAAGUACCUCGUAUUGUUCCUGCACAUGGAAAUAUCAUCAAUGGAAUUACAAUUCCUCCUGGAACCUAUGUGGGUGUACCUCAACUACCUGCAUAUCGUUCUCCACUUAACUUCGCCCACCCCGAGCAUUUCAUACCUGAGAGGUGGCUCUCAGCCGAGUCGCCACUCUUCACAUGCGACAGUAGCGACCCAGAAUUUACAGCAUCGACGUUCGAGAACGAUGAAAAGGCGGUCUUGCAGCCAUUUUCCGUUGGACCGCGCAACUGCAUCGGAAGGUUUCUGGCGAACUCGGAGAUGAGGCUCAUUCUGGCAAGACUCUUGUUUGUGUUUGACCCCGAGAUGCCUUCUCGUGAUCUUGAUAAAGGGCGGUUAAGAGAAACGAUUGAGAGGAAGUGGGAUUCUCAACGGACGUAUGCCCUUUGGGAGAGGAAUGAGAGGUUUGUCAAGUUUGUGGAGCGACAAGUGGAGGUUUGA